UGUCAUUUUCUGUCUUGAUGUGCAGCGACACCAUCUUUACCAUCUUUACCAUCUUUACCAUCUUUCUGCACCAUGAGGACUACUUUGUGUGUCUGCUUCCUCGUGCUGCCUCUUCUCAUGGCGGAGGAACACCUCAACGAGUUCUAUUCUCUCCUGGAAAAGAGUCAGGGCACUUUAGUGGAGCCACCCCAGACCAACCAGAGCAGGCUGAUGGUGAAAGAACCUUCACUGGCCAUCAAUGAGCUUCUGGAGAAGAGCAGCAGGACGUCCGAGUCCAAGUUCCAUCCUCUCCCGUCUUCCGUGUGGCCAAAGCACAGCCACCUGUCCCCCGUCCUGCGCCACCACAACAAGAGUAAGAAAGGUGGCAAGAUGUUGGAAGUGAGCACUGACAAAAGCCGAGGAGAAGCGAGCGGUCUGCUUCCCAAACCGGCAAACCGCACGGUCCAGAUGGGCCUCAGCCCGCCUCAGCCCACCCAGCCAGAGGACCAUCCCAACUCCAGAGCCAGAAGCGCUCCGGCUCCUGGCAGAGACCCCCCCGGCCGACGCAUGGACCCUGAGGAGAACCGGCCAGGGAAGGCCGGCCUCUUCCAGGCGGGCAUAGCUGUGACGCCACCCCGAAACAACAGCCGGCCGGCGGUCAGCUACAACCGCCGCUCUUCAAGCCUGCUGCAGCACUUUGACGUCCUCAGACCAGAGUCGGAGGCGACGCACGACUCUUUCUGCAUGAGCGAGUGCAGGAAGGAGAAGGAGGAGAAGGAGCACCUGUGCUACAGCCAGUUUGCCGUCAAUGGUGUGGUUCACCAGCUGGAGGUGGUGCGUAGAGGAGUACGCCUAGUCACCCUGAUGGUGAGCAGUGAUGGCUUCUACAAGAGCAGUCGUCUGUACGCCGCUCCUGACUCCUUCUUCUUCAAAGUGCACCUCCUGGUCCUGGACACCUUCCACUGCAGCAAGCCAUGUCCUGACAUCACACUCGGCAGCAGAUACAUUGCAAUGGGACAAAUCUACCACCGGAGGCGCCAUCUUCCUGCCGACCUCCUGACCCUGCUGGGCGGCAGGCUGAAGGCGGGCGACGGCAUCCUGAGGAGCAACAACUACGUCAGGAGGUUCAACAAACGCAAGCACCAGAAGGUGGUGGAGGCCACGCGCACCCGCUGUCGGUGAAGUCACCGUGUCAGCGCCCCCUGCUGGUGUGGCCACAAAGAACUGAACCAUGGAUGGACUUCUCUCUUUGAUUCAUGGCCACAAAGAACUGAACCAUGGAUGGACUUCCCUCCUUGCUUCAUGGCCACAAAGAACUGAACCAUGGAUGGACUUCUCUUCUUGCUUCAUGGCCACAAAGAACUGAACCAUGGAUGGACUUCUCUUCUUGAUUCACGGCCACAAAGAACUGAACCAUGGAUGGACUUCUCUUCUUGAUUCAUGGCCACAAAGAACUGAACCAUGGAUGGACUUCCCUCCUUGCUUCAAGGCCACAAAGAACUGAACCAUGGA